AUGCCGUGCACGUGCGGGAACUGGCGGCGGUGGAUCCGGCCGUUGGUGGUGCUGCUGUACAUCGUGGGGCUGCUCGUAGUGGUGCCGCUCUGCGUGUGGGAGCUGCAGAAGCUGGAGGUUGGCAUCCACACCAAGGCAUGGUUUAUUGCUGGGAUAUUCCUACUAAUGACAAUUCCAAUAUCUCUCUGGGGAAUACUACAACACUUAGUCCAUUAUACUCAACCUGAGCUACAGAAACCAAUAAUAAGGAUCCUGUGGAUGGUGCCAAUUUACAGUUUAGACAGUUGGAUAGCUUUGAAAUACCCCAACAUUGCAAUAUAUGUGGAUACAUGUCGAGAAUGCUAUGAAGCUUAUGUCAUCUAUAAUUUUAUGGUUUUUCUUUCAAACUAUCUAACCAACCGCUACCCAAACCUCGUAUUAAUAAUAGAAGCGAAAGAUCAGCAGAGACAUCUGCCCCCUCUGUGCUGCUGCCCAUCAUGGGCUAUGGGAGAAGUGUUAUUGUUUAGAUGUAAGCUGGGUGUUUUGCAGUACACCGUGGUCAGACCCUUCACCACCAUUAUUGCUCUAAUCUGUGAGCUGGUGGGAGUGUAUGAUGAAGGCAACUUCAGCUUCAACAAUGCUUGGACUUACUUGGUUAUACUUAACAACAUGUCACAGCUGUUUGCCAUGUACUGUCUGGUGCUGUUUUAUAAAGUGCUGCGUGAGGAGCUGAACCCCAUCCAACCUGUUGGCAAGUUCCUUUGUGUGAAGAUGGUGGUUUUUGUUUCUUUCUGGCAAGCUGUGCUCAUUGCAUUGCUGGUGAAAGUUGGUGUCAUUUCUGAGAAGCACACCUGGGAUUGGCAGAGUGUGGAAGCCGUGGCUACAGGCCUACAGGAUUUCAUCAUUUGUGUGGAGAUGUUCCUGGCUGCUAUUGCACAUCACUACAGCUUUUCCUACAAACCUUAUGUUCAGGAAGCUGAAGAAGGGUCCUGCUUCGACUCCUUCCUGGCCAUGUGGGACGUUUCUGACCUAAGGGCAGAUAUAUCCGAGCAGGUCCGCAACGUGGGAAGGACAGUUCUGGGCCAGCCAAGGAAGAUGUUUUUUGCUGAGGAUCAUGAACAAAACGAGCAUACAAGUUUACUGUCUUCAUCUACCCAAGACCCAAUUUCUGAUGCUUCUUCAAUGCCAUCUUCACCCAUGGGUCAUUAUCAGGGGUUUGGACACACUGUGACACCUCUGACAACACCGACGACAGCCCCUGCAGUCGAUGGCAUCUAUAACACCUCUGCUGUUGGGGACGCUGAGGAGUCCCCUGAACUGGAGCACAGGUCAUCAGGGAAAGCUCUGGAUCAGAGCUAG